AUGGAUGCAGUGUCCGAGGUUGCGGAUGCCAUGGGUGCAUUGGGCGUUGACAAUGGGGCGAGCCAGAAAUUUCUGCCCAAAGACAGUCCAGACAGCGAAGAGUUGGCCGAUGUGGCGCUUUCUGGCGAGAGUGAGGUGAUCAAUCCACCUGAAGAGGUGGGUGGGGAAGCCACCUCGCCAUCGGAGGACAUAAAAUCGCAACCGGAGGACAUACAGGCCAGGGUUCCCAAGGGAAGCCAGAGCCGUUCCCCUAAGGUUACCAAAUCACAGCGCCAGAGCCCGCGGAGCGGCGAUAAGAGUCAAGCUAAGAAAAACACUCCGAGUUCUUUGUCCACGAAGGCACCUAUUGCACGAGUUUCUGAUCCAGAUUUAGUUGAUAGCUCUUCAAGCAAUGGUGAUGCUGAUGUUAAGAAAAAGGCGGAGAAGAGCAAUUCUCGACCAGUUGCUAAGGAGAGCUUGUCGCUGGAGGAUUCAAAGGAGAAGAGGAAAACUCAGAAAGCAUCUAACCAACGUGUUGUAAAAAAUGAUGAAGAAUCUAAUUGUGAAAGAGUAAAACCUCAGAAGGUUGGCAGCACCCCUUCAUAUGGGUUUGCAUUCAAAUGCAAUGAGAGAGCUGAAAAGAGAAGGGAGUUCUACUCGAAGCUCGAGGAGAAGAUCCAUGCACAGGAAUUGGAGAAAAACAACAUGCAGGCAAAAUCAAAGGAAAUGGAAGAAGCUGAACUCAGGCAGCUACGGAAAAGUUUGAAUUUCAAGGCAGCACCGAUGCCCAGCUUUUAUAAGGAACCACCAGCUCCCAAGAUUGAGUUGAAGAAGGUCCCUACCACCAGACCUCGAUCACCAAAGCUUGGUCGCUCAAAGAACACAACUUCAGCAGGCACAGCAGUAAGUACCAAUCCUUCAAGCCGUCCAGUUCGUCUGAGCCUCGACCAAAGGGCCUCCCAAAACAGCCCCAAGGCAGCACCUGCUCCGAAGAAGUCCCAACGGAAAUCUCUCCCCAAAUUGCCGUCAGAGCAGACAGGUUCUGUUGACAUUGCAACUUCGAUAUCUUCUGCAGAACAGCUAGAAAUUAGCAAGUCAACUGCAACUGCAGAUCCCAUCCGGACGCCAAUCCGUGCUCAAGUUACUCCAGACGACCAUGUGCUCAACGCAUAG